ACCAUUCACAGAAAUACAAGAUUAUGACAGCAGAGGCAAGUUUUUUCAUCUUCGCGGCACUUUAAUUUCUGUCGGUCUUAUUUAAAAUUUAUCAAUUUCCAUACCUAAGAAUUGCUUUUCUAUGAAUGGGAUCUAAGGUAUCUGGUCUGUUUCGCAAAGUAUGGGAUGUGGAAGAUUUUGAAGAAAACGAUAGUAGUUCACCAGACAAUAAAAUCAAUAGACUUUUGAAGAACUGUGGAGGAUCUAUAUUUAUCUUGAAGAGAGUGAGUUCAAUGUUCUUCAAUGAAGAUGGUGAUCUGGCACAUGAAUUUUAUGAAGAAGUGAAGUCAAAAAAGCGGAAAAGAUCGAAGAUGAAAAAGAUUGAUCCUAGUGCUUUAAAACCUCAGGGACAAGUUGAUUUGACAUUUCCAAAGAUAAAUCCUAACAUUCCAAUCAUAUUGUGUGAAGCAUGAUUUUAUAUAUAAAUACUUUGUCUCGCAGACAUUUGCUUAAAAAUCCUUUGCUGGUGUGGUGUAUACAUACUAUAUAGUUGAUAAAGUUGACUUGAUGAACAAAAUGUUAUAUCAUGAAUACUUCAUCAAAAUGAGGAAUAUUUUACUUAUGGACUUGUACAAUACAAUGCAUGUAUAAAGGCAAUUUACAAAUAAAUUAUUUAGUAUUAACUGUGA